AAAAAAUUCAAUCAGUGGCAAUGCUGGUCAAACGAAGUGAUUCCUUCGCUAAUUGGUCCAUACCUCACAUAUCAAUACAAAUCUUCUUCGCUCUGUCAUCAACCUGCACUUCAAAAUGAUCCUGUCGAGUGUACGGCUUCAUGCCACAGGAGGACUUUAGAAGUGACUCGUGUUUUUUUUCAAUUUCCAGAUUUAGAGGUUUUGAACAUUGACUGCUGCCCCUGCGCACCCGCACCCCUUCAACUUCUUAAGUUUGGGCUAUUUGCAUGUGCACCCAUAGCUCCAUCUCUUGCUGUUGACCUACAUGUACUAGAGCUCGUUAGGACUCUUUUUGUAUGGAUCACCCCCAAUACAACAGCCUGGUGUGAAGCAUUGGAAGUUUUUCUAACAGCUCGGGGUUACAAACUUUCUACCAAGGACAAUCUUCGUCACCGCUUCAGUAACGCGUAUCAUUGGUACUCAGUCCUUGUGACGAAUGCUGGAGACCACAUAUACGAGCCCCUUCAGUGA